AUGACCCGAAACGUCCUCACCCACACCACCGCGCUCGCCCUCCUGGCGAUGCCCUCGGUCAUGGCGCACAUGGCCAUCUGGGGGGAUUACGUCUAUGGAGCAGACUCCGGUCCUAUCUAUAACCCGUUGCGAGAUCUUCCAUUCGACCAAUGGUGGUUCCACGGCUACGCAUCCGACACCCCAUCCGGAACCCUCUCCCUCACCCCAGGUGGUACUACCGUCAUGGACAUCGCCUGCCGCAAAGAACAUUCCCUAUACGGCAAUCCCCAAGCUACCGACGUCGCUUGUCCUGUCGACCCUGGGGCGUAUCACGCCGGGGGGACUACUUGCAACGACGAGGCCAGCCUCUUAGGUUGCGCUUUGGCCAUCGCGUACAAACCUACUGGGGCGGAGACGAAGCCCGAGGACUUCAUCGUCAUGUCCAUCCAGGACCGAUGUGUCAGGGAACGGGCUACAUCUUUCCAGAUCCCCAGUAACCUGCCCGCUUGUCCGGAAGGAGGAUGCACUUGCGGGUGGUUCUGGUCGGGGAAGAACUCUGAUCCGGAGAUGUACAUGAACGGAUUCAAGUGCGACGUCCAAGGCGGGGCUGUGGUCUCUUCUUACCCUACCCCAGGGGAACCGACUAAGGGGUCCGACUUGAGCGGCCCGACUCAGCCGUUUUAUUGGGGCAACAGUAUGAACAAUAUCGGAUACCAGUUCGCUGGCGGGAUCGAGGGGAAACCGACUUACAACGCCGCUUACGGGUGGAAGGUCGGCGCUCAGGAGGGUGCGUUUGCCGGAGUGGCUGGAGCUGAAGGUGCUGGAGCGGGGAACACGCAGUCGAUCGCCAACUCUACCAACAACGUCGCCGACCCCGCUGCUCCCGCGCCUGUUGCGCCUAUCGAAUCGGGUUCAGCCCCU